CAUAUUAUUGUUAAACAUUGCGUAAAAGUAAUAUAAUAAGCCAUUGACAUUUCUAGAACAUAAACCAGUCACAUUUUUUUAGUUUUCUUCAAAAAAUAAUAGAUACAGUAAAUUAAUUACAAUGUCUGAGUGGGAUACAGUUACAGUUUUACGUAAAAAAGCUCCAAAAGCUUCACAAAUGAAAAGUGAGGCUGCAGUUAAUGCUGCACGUCGACAAGGAAUUGCCGUUGAAACACAACAAAAAUGGGGAGCUGGAAGUAAUAAACAACAUGUUACAACAAAAAAUACAGCUAAAUUGGAUCGGGAAACAGAAGAAUUAAAACAUGAGUCAGUACCUUUAAGUAUGGGUAAACUGAUUCAACAGGGACGUCAAGCUAAAGGAAUGAGUCAAAAAGAUCUGGCAACCAAAAUAAAUGAAAAACCUCAAGUUGUAAAUGAUUACGAAGCUGGCCGCGGAAUACCAAACAAUUUGGUGAUUGGUAAAAUUGAAAAAGUAUUGGGUAUCAAAUUGCGAGGUUCUUAGAAGGCAUGGUUAUGUGGUUGUUAGGUGUUCCUUUCACAAGUUCUAUAUCAAUGAUUAAUAUGUUUUUUAGGAAUAAUAAAUAUUCUUUAUUUUGUA